AUGAAGCACCUCGCCGCAUACCUCCUCCUCACCCUCGGCGGGAACAGCGAGCCCUCGGCAGAAGACAUCAAGGAGGUUCUCGCAUCGGUCGGUAUAGACGCUGACCAAGGCCGUCUGGGGCAGCUCUUGAACGAGUUACGCGGGCGGGAUAUCAACGAGUUGAUCGCCGAGGGCACGUCCAAGCUCGCUACAGGCAUUGGGUCCAACACCGGGGGUGGUGGCGAUAGGGGCCAGGAGGCUGGAAAUGGUGCAGGAGAUGAUGGAUCUGGGUCGGCGAAUGGGGGAACUGACGGGGACGGGGACGGGGACGAUGAUGAGGAUGAUGACUUUGGAUUGGGAUUGUUUGGGUGA